AACCCAGAGAUCGCGAGACAGAGCAGGCCUCGCGAGAUCUGGCCUCUGGCCUCUGACAGGCGGGCGUUCUUUCCGUGCCAUGGGAGGGCUCUGGCGUACGGGAUGGAGGCGUGUGGCUUUCUGCGGGUGGCCCUGGAACCACCCUGGGAACCCGACCAGGGCUGCGGAGAGGUUAGAGUCUUGUCUCAGGUCUGGGAGGAGCGGGACAGGGUAUGCUGAGAGGGAGCUGAGACGGCUCGGGACAUGGAGGCGCCCGAGCUUGGCGGUGCAGCCGCCGCGGCGGCCGAAGAGCACGAACCCCUUCACGCGCGCACAGGAGGAGGAUUGGCGGCGGCGGAACAAGACCGUCCUCACGUAUGUGGCCGCGGCGGCCGUGGGCAUGCUGGGGGCGUCCUACGCCGCCGUGCCCCUUUACCGGCUCUACUGCCAGACUACUGGACUUGGAGGAUCGGCUGUAGCAGGUCAUGCAUCAGACCAGAUUGAAAACAUGGUACCUGUUAAGGAUCGCAUCAUUAAAGUCACCUUUAAUGCAGAUGUGCAUGCAAGUCUCCAGUGGAACUUUAGACCUCAGCAAACAGAAAUAUAUGUAGUGCCAGGGGAGACUGCACUGGCAUUUUAUAAAGCUAAGAAUCCUACUGACAAACCAGUAAUUGGAAUUUCUACAUACAAUGUUGUACCAUUUGAAGCUGGACAGUACUUCAAUAAAAUACAGUGCUUCUGUUUUGAAGAACAAAGGCUUAAUCCACAAGAGGAAGUAGAUAUGCCGGUAUUUUUCUACAUUGAUCCUGAAUUUGCUGAAGAUCCAAGGAUGGUGAAUGUUGAUCUCAUCACUCUUUCUUAUACUUUUUUUGAAGCAAAGGAGGGGCAUAAGUUGCCGGUCCCAGGCUAUAAUUGAAGUCAGAACUAAGUCCUGCUUCAAAUUUGUGAUUUUUGAAAAAUCAUGUAUCUUCUCAGAGGAGAAAUAUUUACAAUAAUGUGAAGCCUUCUAUUUUAAAUUUUACAUACUUAUGGUUCUUUUUUCCCAACUAAUUUACCCAACUUACAAUGUGUAACUGUUCAAAACCAUACUUAGAGUUUAAGUAGUAUUAGAAGAAACUGCUUUGUUUCUUAAAUAUGUUGGCAUGGACUUGACGGUUCAGCUUAAUUCACUGGUCGCCUUUCAAAUUAUGAGCACUUCAUACUUGUAGCAAUGAAGUUUUAUUAUUAUUUCUAGAAUAGUUGUUUACUACUUUCAUUACGAACAGUCACUAUUUUAAAAGCUCAAAAUGGAAGAGGAAUCACUAAGCCCUAACAGCUUGCCUAAAGAUUACAUUCUGAUUUCAAAUUUGACUGUAUUUUUCCUUUAAGAUCUAGGGCUAUUUUACAUUCAGAGUACUAAAUAAGUACUUUGAAAUUUCAGUACCAUGAAAUUUAAAUAAAAUGCAUAAGUAUAUCUAGUUAGGUUUCUAGCAUUUCUUGUGAUAGUUCCAAGUCUCCAAAUUUUAAAAUGUUAAGUGGGAUUGUGAAGAUUUACUGACAGCAGAGUUCUUCUGAAAAAAGAUGUAUUAAACUGUUUUAAUAGUAAUUUAUUUGUCAUUGUAAUUUAUGACAAACCAAAGUACAAUUUAUUCUGAAUGUUUUCCAGUAGUCUUUUUUCCAAAAAGAAAAAAAAAGGAGCAUUUAGUAUUAUAAAGAAUUAUAUUUAAAGGCAAACAGUGUAGAAUCCAGUAACCUCUUGAGGGCACCUGAAAUAUUAAACUACAAUCAUCAAUGCUUUUACAAUUCAUAAUCCUAAACAAGAGUAUUAUUUAUGAAGAAGUGCAAAUUGACUUUUACAUUCAACUUUAGUUAAAUGAAGGCACUCAGUAUUCUUCCUGAAUAAUAAUAGUUUUUCACAUUUCAUGCUUUCAUCUGUUAACAAUUAUUUUGUAAUGAAACAGUCUUCAUCUACUCUUAUCCCAGCUCUUGUGAUGAUUUCUAAAUGUAGGAAGGUCUGAAACAUAAGGUGCUACACUUAAUCUGGUUGGCCUCAGUACCAUGAAUUUUUCUUCUGCUGAAGUUUUAAGUGAAUAUAUGUUACAACCAAGUUCUUUUGAGAUAAAGCUUGAGCUGCUGUCAGGAACCAUAAAUGUUACUCUGGAACUGUUACUCUUCUGUUUAAACUUCAUUACUGCAGAGGAGAAAUGUUCCACUGUGGCUCUGAUGUUCUGGAAGGUCUUAACUUCUGGGUCUCAAAACUGGACAGGGUCUACCUUUAGGAGAAUUGGCACCCAUAAUAUUGCUAGUGAGCUGGUCAUCCACUUCCACCUGGAAUAAAAAGAAGAGUCAACCAUCUCCAUCUUUUCCUCUUUCCCCAUUCCUUGUAACUAGAGAGCCACAGUCUAGUAGAGGAAAGGUGGGAAUGUACUACUUCCACGGGGGAGGGUGUGGAGGGAAUAAAUAAGGUUAAUAGGUUACUGGUGGCCGUGUGCAUUUAUUAGUAAAUAAAUGGAAUGAUUAGUAAAGCAAUAGAAUCCAGACCAAUCUAGACUAACAAUGAAUGGCUUCUACCAGUCCCAGCUAACAGGUAUUAACUGCACAUAAAAGACACAUCUGAUUCUAGUGCUAAGAAGUUUUUAUCAUCUGUUUUUGUUAGCAUUAACAUUUCUACACCAUAAACCUACUUCUGCAUUCCCAAGAUUUAUAAUUUUUAGCUAACAUGGUCACAAAAUGUAUUUCAUUAGUGAACAAUAGUUCAUUACAAUUUGAGUGACUCAGAGGAACUUGUGUAAUAAUAUCUCACUUAUCAGAGUGUCAGACUGUGAUGGCCCUUACAAAAUGUAAAUAAUAAAUGCAGAAAGUGACAGUUACACUGAAAUCAUGUGGAAUGUAAAUUGUGUAAGUUGAAGCCUUUACCUCAACAGUCAGUGUGACUUUGAGCUCCUUUAUGGUGGUGAACAUCAAUGUCUUCAUAAAUAGCUCUGAAACAAACAAGCCAUAAUGGCAAAAGGGUUAUAUAUCAAUUUCAAUGUACUAUUUUGGCUCUUAACUGCCAACAACUUAACUAAAAAUCUGGUGCUAUUUUAGGUGUUCAGGAAAUCAGGCUAUAUCAGUAAAUAAAAACAAAGGUCUCUGUCCUGAAGCUUACAUUAUAACUUUCUUAGAUCCUAAUGCUGCUAUUCCCAUACAUCUUAUAAAUAUGUAUCUUAUGUAACCAUUUUCCUUGUAAUUUAAUGAGAAAUAUGGCUCAAAAUUUGGACAGUUUGCUUCCUGCUUUUAAAAAAAAAAGCAAAAAUUGUUCAGCUUUCCCUGGCUUUAUAAAAAACAUUAAAAAUUAAUAUUCUAGCUUAUUUAACGUAUGUUAUUACAGUCCAAAUUCCUGAGCUACCUUUAGCAUAUAACUGUCAUCUUUGUGCUUUGUAUAUAGUCAUUUUUCUAUGACAGCCUUUGUUCAAUUCUUUAUAUUUGUCUUAUAUAUGUCUGUAGAUAGAACAUAUCUAUACCUAGAAAUAUGACAUUAAUAUAUACAGUAUAACAACACAUGGCUAAGGAAAAAAAAUCUCAUAAAAAUCACAGCACGUUGAAGGCAUGAUCCCUAACCUCAAGUAGCCCCAGCAUGGUCCAGAAAUGUUAAUGUUUUCCUAAUAAGUUUUGUCUCUCGUUUUCCACAAAAGUAUUUCAACCUCCUUCACUCUAUUCAAAUCUCUGAUGCCCCUCCUCUCAGUCAGAAACCUCACAUUUUAGUAAAUUAAAUGUCUUGAUAUGGAAACCUCCUCAUGCUUCCAACACCAAAUCUUCAAGUCUGUUUUCAUCUGCACCAUCAUCUACUUCUAUGAUCCUAUCUGUCUACCCCUAGCUUCUCAAACACCUCACCCAUUUAGGUAUCUCCCUUCCUAAAUCUUCAGCCUCUCAUUCUCCACUAAAUCCUACCCCUUAGGAUUCACAGAUGUUCCAGCAUCUCCCAUUUUAUAAAAUAAUACAGUCCUUUAUCCCAUGUCUACUUAAUCACCUCAGUAAUCCUCUAGCUCCCAGGCCACUUUCCACAAUCCCUUCAUGUUUAAGUUUCUAUGUAAGUUACCUGUGCACUUAUUGUCUACUUCAUCUCUUACUUUUUAAUGCACUGAAAUUUGGUUCUGUCCCCAUCAGUUUACCAAAAUGCUUCUACUAAAAUCACCAAUGAUUUCCUGUUACUUAGUCCAUUAUCAAGUGUUUGUCUUCAGCAAUGUUUACCACAGUCGUGUACUCCCUCCUUUUUGUUUCCAAACUGCAAUUUCCACAUCUGGUAAUAGGUUGUUCCCCGUUGCUCUCUUUGCUCUUGGCUUUUCCAUUUUCUUGAAUGUGCCCAAACUCUCUCCCCGCAGGGUCUUUGUAUAAGUUGUUACCUGGGCCUGCAACACUGAUUCCCAAACUUGUCACACUAAAAACUGCAGGUCUUAACCUUAACGUCACUUCUCAGGCUUUCUCUACCCUCAUUUAAAUCAGUUCUUUCUGUUAUACACUGUCAAGUCGAUGUCUUUCAUGCCAUUAACACAAACUGUAAAUACAUGUUUGCCUGCUGAUUUAAUUUCUGCAUCCAUACUAGAUUUACCCUCCUUGAGUUUUAACAUGAUAAAUUAGGCAGCAAUCAAUUUCCCUUGCACAUAGACAGUGUUCAGUCGUUUGCCAAAUGAAUGAAUCAUGUGUAUGUAUAUGUAUAUUCAUAAGUACUAUACUCUAUGUUCUGCUGGAGUAGAAAUUCUUAACCUGGGGUUCAUGGACAACCAGUGAUGUGAAAAUCCCAGAACUUUUCUGCAAGAUUUUGUGCUUUUCCUUAGGGAGAAGUUCCCUGGAUUUCAUGGAAUGUUCAAAGAAACUGAGACACCCUACCCUCCAGAAAGUAAGAACUGUAGUGGUAGGGAAUUCCAAAGCUUUGCCUUUCCAGCUUCUUACUAUCUCUCUUACCUUUAAUAUCUAUUGCACCACCACAUCUACUUACAACAAUCUCAUAGUUAACUAAAAUAUAAUAAUAUACUUUUCCGCUUCCUGUUUGCCUGGAGAAACUGAUAAAAACAUCCGGUUUCCAGACCGGAUACCUAGUUUAACCAGUUUCUAAUUCCUUAAACCACUAAUAUAUUCAGUGAUACUUUAUCAAGCAGAAUGACCUAGGAAAGUUUUACAAUCUUGUUAGGAAAAAAUAUUUAAUGAAUUCCUAAGCCUAUUAAGAUUCAUUCAUAAAUCAUUCCAAAAUAGAUCACUACAUUGAGGGUUUAAACCAGGGUCAAAACCUCAAAUGCCUACACAUGUCAGGCAGGUCAGAUGAAGGUAUGCAGUGGGCCAGGUGGGGCCUGGUGGUCUGCAGAAGCUGUCUCAUCUUAAAGAGGCAGCUACUACGCAGCCCCAGGCUAUUGCUAACACAUAAAAAUGCUGUCGUAUCGAAAAGAAUCCAGAGGUCCAGAUAUUUUUGGAAAUAUCCCACUUUUUAACUGUUGGCAGUUAGUGUUUAAAUGCAUAUUUAAAAUUCACACAGGUCAAACAAAACACAGCUGCAGGCAAGAUACAGCCUGCAGGCUGCUAGUUUCUAAACAGUGAUUUCCAUAAACCUGCUUUAAUCAUUUUAAACAAUUUUGGGGGUAACCUUUAGUCAAAGUAUAUUAAAGCUCUAAUGAGCCUACCAUUCCAUAAAUAUUUUUAUAAACUGACCAAUAUGAAAUCACAAAAUAAUGCUGCUUUAAGGAUUCCAAGUUAAAAAGUAAUUUUUACACUAAUAAUCCAUUUUAAGCACACUGUUGUCAUAGGUAGUAAAGAUUAAAAACAAGUUCUUAUAUUAAGUCUUUUUUGGCAUUAGUCAAAGAACAACUAAAAUAUCCCAUCCAUGUGGUACUUAUGUCACCAAUCAGUGAAUAGUGCCCUUCUCAAGCUGGAGAGAACCUGACUUUCCUCCAAGGCAUCUACAAGGAAUAUACUAAUGCACAUGAUGGUUCUGGUUAUUUCUUAAUGUGCAACCCCAGCAUUUUUAUUUUUUAGUCACAAGGCUGAGAAUAACAAGACCAUUAAGAGCAACAACCUCCAAGAAAACCUCAUAAGUCAUUUUUAAAUAAGGUCAUUGAUUUCUGCCAAGACCUAAACAAAGUUAAAUGUGUGACCAAGUCCUGUUAGCUCUGCUACCAAAGGGAACCAAGACAAAAAAGAUAAUCAUUUUGUAAAUGACUUACUCUGUGGUGACAGCAGGAGCUAAGGGAUCAAACUCCAUUACCUCGUGGUAAUUGGGUGGCUGGAAAUCAUUCUUUGUCAUCGCUGUAAGCAACAAAAAGAAACACAUUAUGCUUUUCGAGGAGAUACACACAAUUAAUAUUCUCUUUAUGACUUAGACUUCCGACAGAAGAUCCUAACAAACACUGACAACCAGAAACAAGCACACUGGUGUUACAAUGCUACCCCCAAGUACAACAAAUCUAUAUAUAACAAAAAGAUUUCCAAACUUCGAUUACAGGUUCAUUUACCUCAGCACUCAAAAUACAAUAUUCAGUGCAACACAAGCAUUUUUACAAUCUCCUAAUGUCAGUCAUAAUGGUAUCUGCCCUGAAUUUAUCUCAUGUAGCUUAAAAAUGCAAAUGAACUCUAAUUUUUCCUCUCUGUAUAUCUAUUUUCAGUUACCAAUAAAUCUCUAGCAAAUUCA